AUGACUACUCUGCGAGACAAAAAGAGAAGUUUGAAUGAGAAGGAGCGAGCCGGGGUCUCGCUACAGCCUCGUCUCAAGCUUCAUAAGCGGCUUGUACUACGCAGACCGCCUCAGUUGGGCAAUGUGGUUCGUCCCAGCCCUCCAAACUCUCACACAGCAAGCGAUGAACCUCGAAAUAACGUCAGUGAGAAACCUGUGGCAAAGCCAGAGUCAAGUGCUGAGCCGUUCCUUGAUAGAGAAUCAGAGGCCAAGAGCACUUCCCUGGCGACACAAGCGAAACAAAUCCAUUCAACCUCGGAGGAGCUAGAAAAGACACAACAUAUCACCGAAGCGACAACCGAACAAUCAGAGCCCCAGAGAUCAGAGCUUGCUCCCGCAGAAUAUGGCGAGGAUGAGGACUCUGAGGAGGAAGAUUCACUGUCUAUGGAGAUAAGACAGGAACUAUUCUCCUUAGUCAAGUCGUUCCCCGGGCUGUCUUCCAAAUACAAGCUAAUAGACAAGAUCGGUGAGGGAACGUUUUCCACCGUUUACAAAGCAUACGACUUACAGCGCAUAUCCGAAACUAGCAUGGGAAAAGCGAUUUGGAGCUCCCCACCUAGGAGCCGUAUGAGUAAAUCCACGCAAGCAUCUGACAUUCCAAUUGUUGCAUUGAAAAGAAUCUAUGUCACGUCUUCCCCUUCGAGAAUAUACAACGAGCUUCAGCUUUUGCACGGUCUAGUGGGAUGUCCGAACGUGGCUCCACUAAUAGAUGCUGUUCGUUAUGAGGAUCAAGUAAUCGCCGUGUUGCCCUUUUAUAAGCACGCAGAUUUCCGCGAUUUCUACAGAGACUUGCCUCUGUCUGGAAUCAAGAUAUACAUGCACGAACUAUUUACUGCUUUGAGUUUUGUGCACGAAAAAAGAAUCAUUCACAGAGAUAUCAAGCCUACCAAUUUCCUAUAUAAUCCGUUGACCAGGCGAGGAGUUCUGGUUGAUUUUGGACUUGCCGAAAAAGAAGCAGAGAUCGAUUACGCAGCUUGCCCUUGUUUCCAAGGAGGGCCGGCAGCAGACGAAAUCGCGCCUGUUAAUGCAUUUCCUACAAAAGGAUACCCGAAAGAUGACCGCAGACCAGGAAGACGUGCCAACAGAGCAGGAACUCGUGGAUUCAGAGCACCUGAGGUGCUACUGAAGUGUGCAAAUCAAACCGUCAAGGUCGAUAUAUGGUCUGCUGGGGUCAUGCUGCUCACACUUCUAUCUCGAAGGUUCCCAUUCUUCAACUCUACAGACGACACCGCGGCCCUCAUUGAGAUCACAAAUAUUUUUGGGCUUUCUCAGAUGCGCAAAUGCGCACAGCUGCAUGGUCUGGGUCUGGAAAGUAACCUCCCCAAAAUCGAGUCCACACAAUCGCUAGGUGCUUUGCUAUAUACAUCAAUUUUCCUGGAGGCCAAACAGGGCGACACGCUGGCAGAAGACUCUCCUGCUUGGGAGAUUUUGUCGGCUUUGGACAAGAAAGGGCGUCCUGCCGAGACUAAGCUUGGGAGGGACUAUGCAGAGGCCCUCGAAGUGCUUGAAUUAUGCUUGAGACUGAAUCACAACGAGAGGAUUACCGCAGAUGAUGCUCUAAAACUGCCCUUUUUUCGGUCAGGGUCUAAUGACGUCGACGACAUAAUCUUAGAUUGA